AUGGAGGCUCUACAGGAUUUCGACAUCAACCACGCCCUCAAAAUCUUCCUCAACAAUCCGCUGGAGACCGACACGCCCGACGCGCAUCCCGACCUGCUCGAGUGCGAACACAACCCCGACGACUUGACUCCCGCUCUCGUCAACUCUGUCCUCAACCCCAUCGUCGAUGCUGUGACCGACAACCCGGAAGCUGUUGCGCGCCCGGCCAACUUUGACUCGCUGCAGUUCCUGCUCAAAAAAUCAAACCUCAUCCCCACCCAGUCGCUCUCCAAACUCCUCGAUCUCAUCCUCUCCGCCCUCUCCGCCGAGGCCGACUCCGUUCACAAUGACAUCGAAGCCGACGAACAAGACUCGAUCCCUCAGCACAAGCACCUUCUCGAGAUGCUUUCCUUCCUCCUUAUGUGGUGCUUCACCAGUGUCGAGACAAGGGUUCUCUCGGAAAAGUCUGCCGCCCCUGCUACUCGUGGAAGAGGGGCAAAAGCUGCUGCUCCGAAAAAGGCUGCCAAAGACGCUCCUUGGGACCCCACAAUGCAGAUACAGUCUGCCCUCAACACAAUGGCAAAGGUCAUGAAACUCAAGCUCGCCAAAAUCUUCGUCACAACCUCUGAACGCGACACCUUCAUCGGUCUGUUCACACGCCCUGUCUACCUCAUGAUGGAGAGCGAAGCAAGAGUCAAGAAUACCGCCAUCAAGAUGCACGCCUUCAAGGUGCUUUGCAUUGCUAUCAAACAUCACGGCCAUGCUUCCGGUGCCCAGACAAAUAUCAUUCAGAGUCUUCUGUACUUUGAGCAUCUCUCCGAGCCCAUGGCUGAAUUGCUGAAUAUUCUCGCCGAACAAUACGACUAUGCUCAGCUUUCCGAGGACGUCUUGCGCGAAUUGAGCAACCAAGAAUUCAGCAGCAGUGACUUGAAAGGUCCCAAGUCUGUUUCGACCUUCAUCACAAAAUUCUCUGAGCUGGCCCCGCGACAGGUCAUCAAGCAAGUCAUGCUGCUCGCAAAGCUACUCGACAGCGAAUCCUACACCCUGCGCUGUUCCAUCAUUGAGGUCUGCGGAAACUUGAUUGCCAUGUUGAGCAAGCAGGAAGGCGAAGAGCGCAGUGAAAACCACAAGGGCCAGAUCAACGCAUUCUUCGAAGUGCUUGAAGAACGCUUCCUCGACAUCAACCCUUACUGCAGAUGUCGUGCUAUCCAAGUGUACAUGAAGCUUUGCGAUCUCGAAACAAAGUACCCCAAGCGCCGACAGACAGCAGCAGAUCUCGCAUGUCGAAGUCUCGAAGACAAGAGCAGCAACGUCCGCAGGAACGCUAUCAAGCUGCUUGCAAAACUCAUGCAGACACACCCCUUUGCUGUCCUUCACGGCGGUCAGCUGUCGUACUCUGACUGGCAUUCGCGUCUGGAGGUCUGCGAGGCCGAACUCAAUGCUUUAAAACCUCCGCAGGAAGCUGCUGGUAUGGUGGAGCAGCAGGAAGCCACAGUCGACGAGGAGCUCCUAGAUGAUGCCACACAGAUGUCGCCGGUCAAGGAGAAGCCCGCCAUGACAGAGGAACAGAAACAGGCUGCGUUCGAGAAGGCCGCUGCUGAAGCCGUCACAUCUGAAAUGAUGAGCAAGCUUACCUUGACUCGUCGCUAUUACAUCGAGGCACUCAAGUUCAUCGAGGUACUCCAUGAGGCCUCGCCUAUCAUUACGCAACUGCUUGCUUCCAAGAACAAAUCCGAAGUUAUCGAAGCCAUGGACUUCUUCGUCGUUGCAGACGGGUACGCUAUCGAGACCGCCCGUGCAGGCAUCCGGAAGAUGCUGCGACUCAUCUGGACCAAGGGCAACAGUGACGAAGGCAAGGGUGUGCAAGCUCAUCUCAUAGAAUGCUACAAGGGCUUGUUCUUCGAGGCACCACCCGGCUACUCUGCCAAUGAUGCUGCAAACUUCAUCGCCAGGAACAUGGUCAGUCUGACAUUCGGAGCGACAGCUGCCGAGCUGACCAGUCUGGAGCAAUUGCUCAGCAUGAUGAUGCAAUCAGACUUCAUCAAGGAUGCUACAAUCCAGAAACUGUGGCAGAUCUAUGGCAUCGAGCGCAGGGAGAUCUCGAAGAACCAACGUCGUGGUGCCAUCAUCGUACUCGGUAUGCUGGCUCUGGCCGACCCCGACAUCAUCGUGAAAGAGAUGGCAACAUGCCUUCGUAUCGGUCUUGGCACGUACGGCAGGACAGAUCUUGUCCUUGCCAAAUACACAUGCAUCGCUCUGAUGCGUAUGAACAACCCCAAGCACACCAAGGGCGUUCAAGCUGCUCCUACUUCGACACGACUACCCAACGACCAUGCCGUGCUACAAAAACUGGCCGCCAUGGCAGACGUCAAGUCUGCAAGCAAGGAGUGGUAUGGUCUCGCCGAACAGGUCAUCAGUGCCAUCUACGCUCUAUCCAAGCAUCCUGACGAGUUGGCCUCCGAGAUUCUCAGGUUCAAGACCAAGAGGGUCUUCUCACCAGUUGGGGCAUCUACCAAGUCUGAGUCAGUCGAGGUUCAAGACGAUGGGGAUAUUGAGAUGAGUGGCAUGGACGAAGAGCCUACGGAAGACGCGCCUCCGAUCAAAAAGGAAGAGGAAGAAGUCGAGAUGCCGAGAGACGAAGAGGCGGGUUUGCCCUUGUCCCAGCUGCUCUUUACGGUGGGACACAUUGCAAUCAAGCAAAUUGUACACCUGGAACUUUGCGAAAUGGACUUCAAACGCCGGAAGAUGGACAAAGAAAAGCAAGCAACUGCCGCUCCGACACCAGCCAAGAAAGGCAAGGGAGCCAAGAAAGAUGCUCAGGACGUCAAGGAAGAGGAGCAAGAUGAUCUCGACCUGAUCACUGGUACAACCGAAGACGACUUUACCGACGCCAUUGCACAUGUCCGCGAACGAGAGCUACUUUACGGUCCCCAGUCACUGUUGGCCAACUUUGGCCCGCUGGUGCGCGAGAUUUGCAUGAACAACACAUCAUACGCCAACCAAGAGCUGCAAGCCCAGGCUGCUUUAUGUUUGGCCAAGCUGAUGUGCGUGAGUGCAGAGUAUUGCGAACAAAACCUGGGACUGCUCAUCACCAUUCUCGAGAGAAGUCCAGACGCUACAACGCGCAACAAUCUGGUGAUUGCUCUUGGAGAUAUGGCAGUAUGCUUCAAUCACCUGAUCGACGAGAACACGGAUUAUCUGUACCGCCGUCUGUCUGACAGGUCAUUACCAGUCAAGCGCACUUGUCUCAUGACGCUGACGUUCUUGAUUCUGGCGGGUCAAGUCAAGGUCAAGGGACAGCUCAGUGAGAUGGCCAAGUGUGUCGAGGAUAGCGAUGACAGAGUGCGGGACAUGUCACGGAUGUUCUUCAGCGAGCUGGCAGGCAAGGACAAUGCCGUGUACAACCAGUUUGUCGACAUGUUCAGCUUGCUUUCUCGUGACGAGGAGCUUGACGAAGAUCAGUUCCGACGCAUCAUCAAGUUCUUGUCAGGCUUCAUCGAGAAGGACAAGCACGCGAAACAGCUUGCCAACAAGCUGGCAGCAAGACUGGCACGGGCGGAGAACGAGAGGCAAUGGAACGAUGUUGCGUAUGCACUUGGACUGCUACAACACAAGGACGAAGAGAUCACCAAGGUAGUUGGUGAGGGGUACAAGGUGGUUCAGGCGCAGGCUUGA